CUGGUCAGCUCCGAUCCGCCGGGUCACCUGUCUCUCGGGCCCCUCUCUUCAACCAUGGCCGAGCUGUGGGACUACCUCGUCGGCAAAAUCAAAAAUGGGAUGAACGAAAUGGGCUUGCACGUCUCGCGGAGGGAUUUCCCGGCCCGCUUGGUCCCCUCAUAUCCCCCGGCCCCGGUGCCGCCUGGCGAGCCGCUGGCCAUCCCCACCAUCCGUGAAACCACCACCAACUGCUGGUCCUUCAUCAAGAUUUCUUCAUUCAUUCUUGCCUUGGGGUCCUACCCGUUGAGUCUGGCCAUCACCGAUGCCAUCUAUGGCGAGCGGUACACCUGGCGGCGGCGGAACAUCACUUUCCUGGCCCUGGCCAUCCCGCUGGCCCUGGCCAACGCCGUGUAUAUUCGAAACACCCACUUGAGCUGCAUGCCGCACAACUACUACCGUGGAACAUACUUCCACUACAACCCGACCCAUUUGCCGGAUGACAAUCAUAUCCCACGCUGAGGCGGCGCGCGAGCCCGACGGCAGCCAGCCCCGACGCUUGGCCGGCGGCUCCUGUCCCCCCCCCCCCCCCCCCCCCCCCCCCCCCCC